AAUUAUUGACAAAUCUAAUUUUGGGGUUAGGUCGAGAAAAGGGGCGAUUUGUUGAUAAGAAAAUGAGUGAAAGUAGCAGCGACGAAGGUAAUACCACAUUCCAGUUAUACAAAGAUCGUAGAGAAUGGAAAGAUGUGACUCCCGUGCCUCAGGAUGAUGGGGAUCAACCAGUAGUUGCUAUUGAUUACACUGAGCAGUUUAAGGACGUUUUUGAUUAUUUCCGAGCUGUUUUGCAAAGUGGAGAGAAAUCAGAACGAGCGCUUAAUCUUACAAAGGACGCUGCAGCCCUAAAUCCUGCAAAUUACACAGUGUGGCAGUACAGGCGUGAAAUUUUGAAAGCAUUAAAUAAGGAUUUGAACGAGGAAAUGAACUUUAUCGAGAAGAUUAUUGUUUAUAAUCAACCUAAAAAUUAUCAGGUUUGGCAUCAUAGGAAGGUUCUUGUGGAAUGGUUACAGGAUCCCUCAAAGGAGAAGUACUUGACUGAAACUGUUCUAGCAAAAGAUGCAAAAAAUUAUCAUGCCUGGCAGCACAGGCAGUGGAUAAUCAAAACUUUUAAUUUGUAUGAUGGAGAGCUUGAGUAUAUUGAUAGUCUUAUUUCUGAUGAUAUCAGGAAUAAUUCAGCUUGGAAUCAAAGAUAUUUUGUAGUUAUGGGCACAACCGGAUUCACAGAGGAAGUCUUAAAUAGAGAAGUUGAUUAUGCUUUAUCCAAUAUUAAAGUUGUAACAGAAAACGAAAGUGCUUGGAACUAUUUAAGAGGCGUUUUAUUGCAUGAUAAGUGUGGACUUAGUCGCAACAAAAAAGUCACUGAUUUUUGUGAAGAAUUAUACAACUCAGGAAAUAGGUCUCCAUUUUUAUUAGCUCUACUUGUUGACAUGUGUUCAGAACAAGUUUCUCAAGGCAAUGAAGAUCCACUUUACAAUUUAGAAAGAGCCAAAAACUUAUGUAACGAACUUGCGGAAAAAUAUGAUACAGUCAGAGCCAAAUAUUGGCAAUUUAUGGCUGAAACCAUUGAGAAGAAAAGCAAGAAAGAAGAAUCACAAGUAGAAGCAGAAAACUAAAAUAAAGUGGAAGAAAAAAUUUCUGUGAUGUUUACUUAAUUUGUAACUUUUGUACGUGUCAAUGUUUCCAUAAUUGUAUUUUUUUUCAAAGUUUAAAUACAAAUCGAAAUAUGCCACAA